AUAUAAUUAAUAUAAAAAUUAUUAAUGAGGUGUUUUACAUUCUUUUUGGAGUCUAGUGUGUAUUAUUUCACACAGCACAUCUCAGUUCAGACCAGCCACAUUUCAAGUUCUCAGUAGCCACGUGUGGCUAGUGGCUACUAUACUGGACAGCGCAUUUCUAGACCCUGAUAAAAGCCAUGGACCAUGUUAAUAAUAUUCAUAUACAUACACACACACAAUUCUCUGUGCAAAUUAAGGAGUUCACAUUCUAUGAAGUUCAUUCAAGAUUUGGCCACCAAUCCCGUCAGUGGACCCUGGAUUAAAAACCCUUACAUCCUUUCCAGCUAUAUAAAGAAAUCUGUCACAUCACUUACAUCCACUUCUCCCCUCCCCCACCAUCACAGUUCUCUCAUCUGUAUGGCCCAAUGUUGUAAGACUACAUCAAACCAGAUUUUUCUUAGGUUUGUAUUUUUCUGAUUUGUAGGUGAGCGUGAGUAAAAAGAAAGGAGAUGGGGAUAUACUGAAGGAUCUUAUGAAAACUGCAGGCACCACCAAGGUCAGGGAGGCCCUUGGAGAUUACCUGAAGGCACUUAAGACGGAAUUUACGACGGGGAUGAUUUUACCAACAAAAACUGUGGCAACCCAGGAAUUGACAGUUAAAAGGAAACUGAGUGAGAAUACCUCGCAGGCCUCAUCUCCAGUGGCACUGGGUGUAAGGAUUCCUACUGUGGCUCUGCACAUGACUGAACUGUUUGACACAAGUGUAGAGCAGCUGUACAGCAUCUUUACCGUGAGAGAUGUAAGUAGCUCCCUCAGCUAUUAUCUUAAAUGCUGACGUUGGGAGAAAACAUGCUGACUAUUUGUCGCACUGAAUUUUGCACCUGCUCUUGGGCAAACAGAAUUACAAUUGGACUGUAAAGGAGUUCCUGUCUGUAAAGAAGACAAUAUGAAAUUCUGUUGGCGGAAGCAGCACUUUGAAGAAAUAAAAGGUUUACUGCAGCUGACCACUCUAAAUGGUUAAUUAGACUUCAUAAGGGCAUUCAUUACUUUUUGUAAACAGAAAAAAGUGUCAUGUUUACUUCUCUAUUCUUCUUUUAAAAGAGAACAAAACCUCUUAUUUUAUAUUGGAUGAAAUCCAUGAACCUAUAUAGAAUUUGAAGCAUUGUUUGACUCUGACUAGACUCUGCAUUGAGUUAAAAAUAGCAAGCAACCUGAAGUUAGGUAUUAACCUCACUUUCCAUAGAUGUUCCUCUGGAAAUAGAUGGUGUCCUUGAGUGCAGAUAGUUGUUGAAGUUUCCCAAGCUAAAGCCUGUCCUAGAGCAAGCUUACCAUCAGCUGUAGUUUUAGUUUAAGAUGACAAAAAAAAUAAAUGGCACGUUAUUACUAUUCCUUUAUUUUACUUUAGGGGUUUUAGUCUUAGGUAGUAAAACAAUGGUAUGUUGUAUUCAAAAGCAUGUUGAAGUGCGGGCUAGUGGGCUGUAUUGUUACACCUCUCUGCCAUCCUUGGUUGGCACUGCAGCAGUUGUGCACUUGGACUGAGAAGUGUAUGGGGCUAAGUUCUCAUGAAAUAGAAUAUAAUGGAUAAUUAUCAGUGCUUUCCUGCCCCCCCCCCCCCCCCUCAUGGUUUUCUCAUUACUUUCUACUUUCAUCUGAGGAGAC